AAUGCUUAUGCAGCUAUUAAUUAAAACUGAUUCUUCAACAAACUAUGCAACAAAUAUCUAUGAAUUGCUCAUAUUAUGUUUCCUUCCUGUUAAUUCCUUCAUAACUUCACAGGGAACAGUAGGUGAUUGUGAACAUAACCUGCCUGCUGCUUGGCAAAAUUUAAAGGUCAGAAAGUUGUAAAGAGUCCAACAACAGAAAACAAUUUGGAUUUUUUUAGUUUUAUUAUGCCUACUGCUUGGAAGUUCAAGGCCAAUCUCUUGAUCUACGUGGAGACGGAUAAGGACGUCAUAAGAGAGAGAAAGUGCCAACUGAUCAAAUGUAAUACAACAGGAAACAGAACUUGCCACCAAACAGACAGAGACAUUCACUCUCUCUCUCUCUCUCUGAGCCCCAGUGUUUCUAUAUCCAUGGCAGAUCAAACCCAGAAUCCACAAAUUUUUGAGCUCAACAAUGGUACCAUGCUCGUCAAGAUCACGAAUUUCGGUUGCAUCAUUACUUCCAUGCCCGUACCUGAUAAAAAUGGGAAUUUAGCUGAUGUUGUUCUUGGAUUUGACUCUGUUGAGCCAUAUCUGCUUUGCCUGCAAUUAACAUUUGAUCAUAUUCAUGGGAUUUCCUUUCCCUUAAGAAAGGUGGGCACAAUUAUGUAAUAUGGGAGGUAGCAGAAUAUAAUAAAGGCGAAAACACCCAUCAAUCACCUUCGAGUACCAGAGUCAUGGUGGAUAGGAAGGUAGUCACUACUCACUGCUCUCUCUCUCUGAUCUUUAACGUUUCUUGUGGUAAUAAGUGGGGAUCUUUCUGUAUCUGAACCAUACACGCUUACUUCAAGCACAAUAAUGAGGCUUGACAUGGAAGCAGUGCCCAAGGAUAAACCAUCUCCAGUCAUGCUAGUUAAAGGCACGCACACCUUUUGACUUCACUAUUGGAGAAGAAGGUUGGUGAUUCAAUUCAUGAAGUUGGUUUAGGGUAAUGAUCACAAAUAUGUGCUUAACUGUGGGGAAGAAAAGUCAGGUUUGAAACAUUCUGCAAAACUCAAGGAUCCAUCAAGCUUAAAGGUCCUUAACUUGUGAACCAAUGCUCCUGGGAUGCAGUUUUACACUGGAAACUACGUGAAUGGAGUUGUUUAUAAAGGAGGUACUGUUUAUGGAAAGCAUUCAGGUCUUCGUUUAGAGAGACAAGGGUUUCCUAAUGCCAGAAAACAAUCAAACUUCGCAUCAGUGGUCAUUCAACCUGGUGAGAAGUAUAAGCACACAAUGUUGUUUGAGUUUUCAGUUGAGUGAAUUAUUAGUAUUGACUAUUGAGUGGCUGUGAGAAUGAAGCUUGGUUCUGGUUUUGCAGAAUUGCAAACGAGAACUUAUGGUCAUUUACAUUUGAUACCACAUUUACAUCCUUAACGCAUUUUGCAUGCCAA